AUGGGAAAGAAGUCUCUCUCCUCAAUUGCUGUUGAUGUUCUUCGCCGCUGUGCCCAGGAGGUGGACACACCGGUUGAUCAAUUGAUACAACAGUUUGAAUCAGAAUGGGAGCCUUCAUUGGGUGAAUACUCAAAGAAGUUGUUGGAUUAUAGCUGCUCGAAAGCACUUAAAAACUUGUUCACCAAUUUACAGGAAAAGAUUAGUGAUGGUUCGUUUAGUCGAUUCACGUUUCAUAUGAUGCUUGCUUGGGAGAUGCCAAACUCAGCUGAUGAAGAGUCACGGGCUGCUGAGUGUUUGGGAAAAGAAAAAGAGGACCAAAAAGUAUAUGCCGAAACCACGAAGGAACAGGAUGAAACUCCUCUUUUCUAUUCAGAUAUUAUGCCACUUCUUGUUGACAAUGGACCAAGUGCGUCAGAAGAUGCUUUUGUGUGGCUGGCAGCGCUUGCUCCUCUUGCAGCAGAUGUUGUGAAUGCAAGAUUUACCUUUGAAGCUCUUACAGCUUCGACUGGAAAUCUACUUCAUUUGCCUGCUUAUGAUAGAUUUUUGAAAGAAAUUGACAAAUGUGUAAAGUAUUUGCAAAGCCAAGCAAUGCCGACAAGAGUGGAGCUUGCAGAUGAUGAGUUUAUACUGCAUGUUGAGGGGACUGCAAGUACACAAAGAGUAGUGCGCCACAUUGGAGGAACAAAUUGGCCUGGCAGGCUUACGUUAACAAAUUAUGCCCUCUAUUUUGAACCAUCUGGAGUUGUGACAUAUGAAGAGGCACUUAGGAUUGAUCUUUCUAAAGCCACUGAUUUGAAGGUCAAACCAACUGCAACUGGACCUUGGGGCGCUCCCCUUUUUGACAAGGCUAUUAUCAUUGAGUCGUCCGAGUUGCAAGAAGGAGUGAUCCUAGAGUUUCCAGAACUGACUAGCUCAACCAGGCGUGAUCUUUGGCUUGCCCUGGUGAAGGAAAUCAUAUUAUUGCAUGAGUUUUUGUUGAAAUUCAAUGUAGGAUCAACAAUAGAAGCAUGGGAGAUUCAUGCUUCCACAAUAUUGGGGAUUCUAAGGCUUCAUGCGGCUAGAGAAAUGCUCAGAAUGUCGCCCCCGAUUCCGAGAAACUUUCUAGUUUUUGCAUUAUGCGAUGAGUUGCCAAAAGGCGAUUAUGUUCUAGAAGAGCUCGGCUCAAAUCUGAAGAAGCUGAAUACUGGGCAUCCAUGCAGUGCUAGCACAAUCCUGAGGAGCUUAAAUGUGUCGCAGAUAGUUACUCAUGCAGACAUCAAGGGAUUAAAUGAUGCAGAUGAAAUCGUCCAGACUGAGAAGUUCUCUUCACUAGACAGCACUAUAAAUCAAGCAAGAGAGGAAGCAAGAGAAAUUGACAAGGCCAAAGUUACUGUAGAGGAACUGAAAGAGGAAGGAAUCGGUGAGAGUGCCAGGGUUCUUUUGGCCUUGCUUGAACCGCUGGCGAGAGUGUUGCCUUGGUUUCAGCAUAUAAUUAGAUGGGAAAGGCCAGAUGUUAACUUUGUCAUCAUUGUAUUGAUGCUUACUGUUAUUUACAAAGGGUUGGUGGGCAAAGCUUUGGCAGUUUUUGUUAUUUGGCUUGCUGGUAAAAUAUUUUGGAUGCGGAGGAAGAGGACAGUAAAACUCUAUUGCGAUAAAAUUAUCAUCAGUACUGCAUCUGACCAGUCAACAAUGGAGAGUAUUGUUUCAGCACAGCAGGGACUAAGAACUGUACAUGAGGUGAUGCAGCAAACAAACAUAGCACUUUUGAAGGUGUGGUCAAUACUGACGGCAAGAUCGCCAAAGCACACAGAUUUGGUAAUGUUAGUGUUGAUUGGGUCUGCUAUUGUACUGGCACUCAUUCCUUUGAAAUAUCUCCUGAUUGUUGCAACUCUCUAUGGCUUCUUGAUCACAUCCAAACUGGGUAAGCUAAUGGUAAAUGAACAAGGCAAUCGAAGACUGAAGGAAUGGUGGGAGUCUAUUCCUGUUCCUGCAAUUGAAUUUACAGACGAAGUUACAAAGGGGCUGGCAAUACCUGUGUUGAGUACUGAUUGA